CUGUAAAAUGAUCCACUGAAGUAGAGAAUAACAAUGACUUUUACCUUGACAUUUUCACCGUUUUAUAACUUCUGCUAAAAAUUAGUUCAUUCGACUGCAUGUUUUAAAAACAACUAUGUCCCCUUUAACGUUUUAAACUUUUUUAAGGUGUCUACAAAACACAAUUCACACACUGUCUAUCGUUUGUAAAUCAUCAAAUUUACUCUAUCAAUGCUCCAAAGUUAGUUAUUCUAAAGUGUUUACUAUCAGUUGAUAGUUGGUGAUUAUUGUGAAUGGGAUUAUUCAUCUAUUAGUAGUAAUAAUGAGUGUAUCAUUAUGCGUAUUACAUGAAUGGGCCUACAGUACGCAUUUUACUUACUCAUAUGAAUGAAUCAUCAGUAUGUAUUACAAGUAUACUAAGUAUUGAUAAUAAGUAGUUUCAGCAGUCUGCCCGUCCCCGGCACGGGGACGACUGGGGCGCAUUGUCGGGGGUACCCCGGCGGGGGCGGGGCCCUGGGGCUGGCAGAGCAGCCUCCGGUGGAAGGGGAAGCACUUCUGCGGAGGCUCCAUCAUCUCCCCGCGCUGGGUCAUCACCGCGGCGCACUGCUUGGUGAAGUACGACACAUACUCAGACACACCCGACACAAGCCACGCGUUGAUUUCCAACAUGCUCGAGCCAUCCAACUGGGAGGUUGUGGUGGGAUCAUUGCGAUUGCUGGACGUGUCCCAGGGUCAGCGGUACCGUGUGGGGAGGGUGGUCUACCACCCCCUGUACACCUCCAGCAGUGGGGACUACGACCUCGGGCUUCUGAGCAUGCUCACAGACAUCCAGCUGAUAGGGGGCGUGCGGCCUGUUUGUCUGCCCAGUCCCAGCGCGUCCUUCCCUCCUGAAACAAGGUGCUGGAUUACAGGCUGGGGGUAUACCAGAGAGAACGGGCUGCUGUCCGACGAGCUCCAACAGGCGUGCGUUCAGAUCAUAUCCCCAGCCACGUGCUCCCAACGGCAUGUCUACGGAGGCCUCCUAACUCCCCGGAUGUUUUGUGCUGGUUACAUGAAGGGAGGAGUCGACUCGUGUAAGGGCGACAGCGGGGGUCCACUGGUCUGUGAGACCGGUCCCGGGGACUGGAGGCUAGUGGGCGUGGUGAGCUGGGGCCACGGCUGCGGCCGCGGCGGUAAACCGGGAGUGUACACCAGCGUGACCUCGCUGGUCCGCUGGAUCUACCGUGAAACCCAGGUGCGUCCUCGAACCACCAGGGGGCGGGCUAGUCCAACAGGGGAAUCUGUGAGUUAA